AAUAUCAACUAUGUAAAUAUAUAUACUCUCUUUUCAAGAGCGAAGUCUACUGACAGAAUAUCGACAAACCAAAGACAUGUGUUAUUGAAGGUUACACUAAAGGAAGUUUACAAACUGUCUCUAACCUUACCGUAAUCUGAAACAAAGAUUGUUUAUAGUUCUAAAUGCAUAGGAUAUCAAGAGUCGAACAUAACGAAACUUGUUUUUAAAAAGACAAAUCAGGUGAAGUAGGCCAACGAAACACUUCCAGGACCCAUAAUUCCAAGUCGCAAUGUAUAAUCUCCGGAAAAGGAAACGGAAUGAAAAAUGGGAUAGUAGUCAGAAAAAUGCAAACAUAAAACAACGGCGUAAUCAGAAGAAAAGUAGUAAGCAGAAAAUGGCGACACAAUCAUCGAUCAAAAGAAGUGAAAAGAGAACAACAAAGAGAAGAGUGUCCAAAGAUAGAGCACCACACAGACCUGAUAGAAACAACAAAACAUCAACGAGAAGACCGAAUUUGCACCAACAAAUAUUGUCUCCAACAAAACUUGCUAACGUCACCCGACAGGCAAACACAUUCAAAGAUCGAAAGCAAAAGCCGAAAAAAUCAAAGCUAUCAACCAAGAGAGAAAACAACCUGGAAAUAAAUGUACCUUCUUCGAAAAUAAAUGAAAGGAAAAUAUCACUACGUAGGACAACUUUAAGGAAAGACGAAACGAACACACUCUCAAAAGGAAAGCAAGAGAGUUUGCAGAACACAAGUCGACCAAACCAGAAAAAGGGAAUCCGAACUGGGCGAGGCCAGGUUUCAGGUCCAAAGACAAAAGUAACACAACCCAGAACCUCACAGAAACGUAAGAGAAAAGGUUUUCAAUCCUCAAAAGAAAAGAUUAUUACACCGUGGACAGAUUGCGCUAGAACGGCAUUGGAUGAUGGUUCAAAGCGCAAGAAAACUCGAAGAAAUCUGAAUGACAAUUUUGAAGAUAUGUUUUUGAGGAAAGUGGAUGUAAAAGCUCAUAUUCGUUUUGGUAUCGGUCAGAACAUACAUGGAAUCAGUGUUACGCCGGACAACCAGGUGUGGGUGAACUAUCAGAAAAAUCAUGUAAAAUUGUUCAGUGUAUCUGGAGACGAACUUAGAUCUUUCGAUUUGGAAUAUUGUCCCGUUUUCAAUUGCUGUACACCAAAUGGCGACCUCCUAGUGACACAGGGUUACGCUGGGUGGUCCUCAGCGGUUAUACAAAUGAUUUCUCGAGAAGGAACGGAAAUAAUGUUUGCAGAUCUUUCCUCAUACGCCGAUUUGCUUUGUGGAGUUCAUUACCAAGAUGAAAAUAUGUACGUCAUCGGUCACCGGCAUGUUCCAAAGAGGUAUUUCGUACUCAAACUUAACAUGAAUGGAGAAGUAGAGGAAAUCCUUGAAACAAACACAGAAUGCAGAAACAUAAAUCAUAUAAUUUCUCAUCAAGUACAAAUCAUUGCCAUGUGUACUACCGAAUUUGCUAUGCUUCCAAUACAUAACGGUGGAAUUUCAUCCCGACCCAUUAAUAAAGUGCAAUUGAAGAACACAUAUUCCGCUAGUACAUCUGUUGACAAUCUUGGAAAUGUAAUUGUGGCAUCUGGCUCAAAGAUUAUGAUCAUCGAUCCAGGUCUAGAGCACGUGUUCGAAAUAGAUACCGAUAUACAAGGGACAAUUUUGUCAACGGCUGUCGAUCAACAAAACCAGCUUUGGAUCGGAACGGAAAAUGAAAACCUUUAUAUCGUAAAAUACCUUCGGUAAUAAUAUUCUGGUUUCAAUUUAAAGCUUUAUUAAGUACAAGGAACAAAAUUAAUUUAAAUGUGAAUACAGUUGAAAUUUGAUUGUAAAUUGAUACAAUGACAUACAUGUCCAUAUACGUAUUGUGGAUUGUUUAAAAUGUGUCUUUAUACAUUGUUUUAGCUGCAAUUAUGAUGUAUGGUAUUAUGGUUUCUUUAAAAAAUGCAUUUUAAACACUUGUGUUGGUACUAUAUACUGCUCGGAAUGAUUUUGUACAAAGACUAUUCAAAAUGGUCGUUGCAUAUCAAAAAUCAUGUUAACUUCGACUCAUUUGAGACAGUGAACAUAUGAUAAUGUUAAUUGUCUUUAUACAUGUAGCAAAUAUAAUCAUGAGCAAGCUACACAUUGUAUCCUCAGACUGGUCGUGCGGUUUUAUCAUUACACGGUUUGCUGCCGUUCUUUUAAUUAGACGCCCUUGUUGUUAUAAUUUUCUGUUUGUUGAUUACCUAGACAAUAAAAUGCUUUCUUCGGUGAAUCAUGCAAAACUUUGACAAGCAUUGCCUUUAGUUUGUCCAUUCUAUGAAGAAAAUGAGGUUUUUUUUUUUGGUUUUUAACAGUUAAAGUUAUUUCUCUUUUCAACUUACAAUUUUUCCAUCAUUUAAUUUUUAGAUGACAGGGAAAGGAGCGAAGCUUCACACUUUUUAUUGUCAUAAUUUUACAGUGUUUUCACCAAGACCAUUUCUGAUAAUGAAACAUAUUAUAAUUAAUCCAACACUGUACAGAGGAUUAUAAAUUUUCGCCCAAUGUUAAUUUUGCCCGUGUGCACUUGCAAACGGUUCCUUAAAAGUAUGACCAAUGUGCUCAUUAGAGAUCAUUCUGCA